GCAGGGGGGAAAAAAAAAUACAAAGGCUUCGUCAGCCAGUGUUUUCAUUCACUGUUACAGAUGUACCCAGAGCGCUCCCAUACAAAGUCACGUCACUUCCUUGCCCAUCCCUAAAGGAAAAAAAAAAAAGAAAUAUCGGAGAGAAGAGCGACGCCAGAAAAGUCAGUAAAAGAGGGAAAGCGAAAGAUAUUUAAAGAAGCGUCUGGUUGCAGCGGGAACAAAUAGGCGCAAGCUCGCUGAUAAGCACGCGGCGAUCAAACUUCAUUGGACGGGACGACGCAUUCCUGGACAAAAAGGCAGUUGCUACCAUGCCUCUCCACAAAUCAUCUUCUCGAACCCCGCGCCUGGACCCCACCAUGAUCUCCGCUCCACUGGGUGAUUUCCGUCACACCAUGCACAUUGGUCGAGGUGGAGACGCUUUUGGCGACACCUCCUUCCUGUCCAGCCACGGCCCCUCUAGUCCUAAUCCCACAUCUGCGCAACAACCAGCCAUGGCAGCCACCGUAGAGACCACAGACAAUACGAUGAACCACAACCAUGAAAUUGAAUAUGCAGAAGAUGCCAGUCCCAAUGAGCUCCGGCACUCCGAUUCAGUUUCUUCCUUUGACCUCGACUUGGAUUUAGGGCCCUCGAUUUUGGGAGAUGUGCUGGGGGUGAUGGACGGACUGACGAUGGGCUCUGACAAAGACAAUGAAGACGUUUUCAGUCCCAGCAGGAGCACGAGAGAUGUGAUGAUGUCUCCAAGGAGUGCUGCCAAUGAGCUGAGCGAGAGGAUGAGGAUGGAAAGUUUGACCAAAGAGGCGAGCCAUCGAGAUGAGCAGCUGAAUGAGGUGAACGGCGUCAAGUCAAAAGGGCUCAGGCCCAAAGUGCGAUUCAGCGACAAACGCGAUGAGAUCAUCGGUCGACAGGAAGUGAUCGAAGGGCUAGAUGUGGAAGCUGAAGAAGAAAUGGGCUUGAGCCCACAUAAACGGAUGCAAGAGAUUAGUGGGAGAACGGCUCACGACAAAGACCCAAGACAAGCAGAAGUGGUUAAUCGGAGGGAGGACAACUCUCCAAGCCUCUCUUCCUCAGUCAGCUCAGAAUACGAGGGAGUCUCACCUCUGGACCGGAGGAGAGAAGACCAGCACCUUUCAGAAACAGAUUCAGAGGAGGAAGGUGCCAACGGACAACAGGGCUACACUUUUGAGGACGAAUUCGAUGAUGAGAUUGGUCUUUAAGAGACAUCGCGAGCGAUUCGAGGACCAAAAAUAAGUCAUUGGCGUAUGAAUCAUGACAUAUGAACAGAAUUAUUU